ACACCUGGGCUGGGACACAUAGGACAGGAGCAUGGCCAGCCUACAGACCCCACUCUUGGCUGCCCUCGUCCUCCUUGCUGUGGCACUUCAAGGCACCGAGGCAGGCCCCUAUGGCGCCAACGUGGAGGACAGCAUCUGCUGCCGGGACUAUAUCCGUCACCCCCUGCCCCUGCGUUUGGUGAAAUAUUUCUUCUGGACCUCGGACUCCUGCCGGAGGCCUGGCGUGGUCCUGCUAACCGUCAAGGACCGGGAGAUCUGUGCUGACCCCAGGCUGCCCUGGGUGAAGAAGAUUCUCCAGAAGCUGCGCUAA